AUGAUCGAAUACCUGAAAGAAUUUGUUGACAGAAUCGAUAGUAAAACAUUGGAAAAUGUCAAGAGUCUUGCCUUUUCAAAAGAGGGAGCUAUUGGGAUCAGUACAGCAAUAAUUCUGAGCUCUGCUUACAAUUACCACAAGUGGUCCAGUCGUACAAUCAGUAAUGGCUGUCCCCGUGUUCCACACACACUACCUUUUGUUGGAUUGACAAGGGUAUAUCGUAAAGACUCAAAGGCAUUCUGUGAGGAAUGGCAUGCAAAGUUAGGUCCUGUCUUCCGUGCCCAUUUGUUUGGAAAGGAAGUAACUGUAGUAUCAGGCCAUUAUGUUCGGGAGGUCUUUCUUAAUAAACACUUUGACUUUGUCAAGGGCGUUGCAAAAGUUUUUGACACUAGGCUAUUGACAGACAGUGGAUCUAGAGAGGAUUUUACCCCAGAAGACUUGCGUGAGAUUAUUACAAAGUAUUUGACACCAAAGCUUAACUUUUACACUAAGCGAGUAAUAAAGCGGUUGAAACAAGGUGUUGAGAGUAGUCUUGGUGAUAAAGAUUCGAUAGAACUUGAUAAUUUGUAUCCAUUUGUCCAACACUUGGUUGUCAAUGCAAGCGCCUCUAUUUUUGUGGGAGAGGAACUUAGUCAAAACAAACUUCUCAUUGAUUCCUUCAAGAAUAUGGUCCGUGAUGUUGGCAAAGAAAUUAAGCAAAAUCCCUGGUUUGAGCCUUUCCCAACUAUCAACAAAUUUCGGAUGUGGCUUAUAGGAAAAACUUCCCCUGUCAUCAAAAACCACAAGGAGCAGCUACUAAAUGCCAUAAAGCCAGAAGUUGAAUAUAGACUAUCACAAGCAAGGAGCAAUCCAGACUGGAAGAAACCGACCGAUAUGCUUCAAGAUCUUUUGGAAAAUUCAAAGCCACCUGCACAUCUAGAUCUUAUGGAUCACCUUGUACAUAUCAUUACUUUCCUCAUAUUUGUAGCUUUGCACACUACCAGUGAGAAUACUACCGUCUUACUUUAUCGUAUGCUAGAGAAUCCUGCAAUUGUGGAUGAACUAGUCAUAGAACAGCAAGAGGUUCUUGAACAAGAAGGACUAGAUGCAAACUGUGGGUCUGAAGUAUUUACACGAGACAUCCUCAAGAAAUUUGUCAAGCUUGACAGUGUGUGUCGCGAAACCUUCCGAAUGAAGAAUCAGUAUAUUUCAUUACCACAUGAGUACGAUGGAAAGGUUCCACUUACAUUGAGCAAUGGAGCAGUUAUAAAUCCAGGUGAAGAUGUAUUGAUUGAUGUAUGGACAAAUCACCAGUACACAGAAGACGCCAACGACGUGGAGGAUGCGGAUCAAUUCAAAGCCUUUCGCUUUGUUGACCAAGAUAAACAGUCAACAAAGGUCGGAGAAGAUUAUCUGUUCUUUGGUAUGGGAAGACGUGCUUGCCCAGGACGUUGGUUUGCUAUACAAGAGGUACAGACCAUAUUGGCUAUGCUAGUUCGUGAAUAUAAGUUUAUGCCCAAAGGCCCUAUUGUCUUUCCUACAGAGGAAAGAUCUCCUAUACCUACCGGAAAAUGUAUAAUUCAAAGAAAGUAG